CUGCUGUUUGGAGCGUCACGCAGAGUGUCGGAGGGCCGGCGCGCGCCGCCCGACGCCAGUCGUGGAGCACACUGCGUGCCGGGAGGGUGGUGCGCGGGCCGGCGCUCCGCCCGGCAGCGGCGCGACACAUCUGCAGUGUAGCGGCGAUCGGGGGCUGUCCCAGCAGAGUCGGAGCGGAGGACUGCCCUAAUACGACAUGGACAGGUCGGCAGCAGGGGUACAGGCGUCCAGCGGGGCCGCGCUCACCUCUUCAGUCAGAUCGGGGACCAGAGUGGUGUGGUCGAGCCGGUGCCGGCUGAUCGCCACCCUGGUGCUCCUCGUCACGGCCUCGACCCUGCUGCUACACGUCCAGCCGGUGGCCUGGAGACGGCAGGUGCCCGUCGCACCGGGUCCGACCGGACGGCAGGUGCCCGUCGCACCGGGUCCGACCGGCCCUCCGACCGGCGUCCCCUCCACCGCCCCCGGCCCGGCACUGACGCCGCAGUCCAGCACAACACUCCAGUGGGCUCCUCAGAACACUUCGGCGUCUGUUCCGCCAAUACAGACAGGUCAUCGCACACGGAAACCCGACAGCCAGAGCCACAGAGCGGACGCAGCUGCGGCCAAUGCCACGGUGUGUCCGAAGGCGCCGCUCCUGACGGUGAACGGCGGCGGACGACUCGGCAACAAGCUCUGCCAGUACUUCACGCUGUGGGCCGAGCACCGGGCCAACUUCAGCAACACCAGCGUCUGGGUGGCUCCCAAGAUGGCCGGCGAGUUUUCGCGCCUGUUCGGCGGCAGCCGCAGCAUCCCGGCGCUGUCGGCGAGCUGCCGGCCGCAGCGGCUGGUGCCGGUCCGUAUGGACGACAUCGCCGCCCGACUGCGGCAGGGCAGCGACGUCUGCAUCGGCGGCGGCGUCUGCAACGUGGAGGGCUUCGCGCGCCACCGCGCCGCUAUGCUGGCCGAGUUCCCCUGGAGGGAGGAGCUGGCCUCAGCGGCCGCCGCCCGGCUGACCGUCGCCGCUCAGCGGCACGCGUGCAACGUAUCCAGCUGCACGUUCAUAGGGGUGCACAUGCGGCGCACGGACUACUCGGACUGGAUCAAAAGGCGGAUACGCGGCACGCCAGUGGGCACAGAGUACUUCCAGUGUGCGCUGUCGCUGUGCCGCCAGCGGUACAAGGGCGCCGUGUUUAUCGUCGCGAGUGACGACAUUAAGUGGGCACGUGCCAAUAUUCUCGGAGAGGACGUGACGCUGGCGGCCGACCUGGCGCCUCCCGGCUCGCUGGCUGACCGAGCUGCUGCCCUGGAUAUGGCCACGCUCUCGCUGUGCAACCACACCGUCAUGUCGUACGGCACGUUCGGCUUCAUGGCGGCGUUCAUGGCCGGCGGCGACAUCGUGGUGCCGACCGGCUUCUCGGAGAACGAACACAUGGUGACUGACGGCGCCAUACGCGCCGGCCUACCCGUCACCCUGCUGCACUACCGCACGUGCCGGACGGUACCGCUCAGUCAGCGCACCCCGUACCGUGGCCUGGCGCUGGUCAUCUCCUGUGAUAUGGGCUAGGGUCGGCGCGAGCGACGCCCCGUCACCGAUUGGGAUGAGGCUAAACUCGACGGCGCUGUGAGCGAGCUGUGCCGUAAGUUCAGUAGGUAGGGCAAGGUGGGAAUAGUUCGGACACUUUUUCUUUAGAGGCCAUUUGCUCAGUAACUAUUCAGGUUUGGUGAACAUACCUGAAUAGUGGCUGCAAAUAGUGGUUGCAAAUAGUGGUUGGUCCCAUGUGUGACCUUCAUAAUUACCGUGAAAUAAAGGAGUUGGCUUGAAACGCGAAAGUAGAA